UUCUGUCCCCUUGGUCAUGGUCAAAGAAGGUUCACUGUGGACCUAGAAGUGCAUGCUGAGGCCCCAGGGGAAAAAAAUCUCUACCUAUCUGAAGUAAAUAAAGGAGACAGACCCUCUAUUAGAAACCAUAUGGAAAAAUGAGAAAACAAACAAAAAUCCUGUUCCUUCACAGAUAAUUUAAUGAACAUUAGGCUUAGUGGGAAACCUAACAGAAAACACCACAGUUGACAUUUCUGUUGUUUGGGGAAAUCACCUGAGUUUGCAGUUAGUCUAUAUGUGUGCACUUUUUUUUUUUUCAGGGGUGGAGAGGAAGCUAUGUCAAGUUGAUUAUAAAUAAUACAUUUAUACUCAUUACACAUUAUCUCACGUCAAAAAUUGUUUCAGCCAAGCUGUAAAAAUUACCUCAGAAAACCUGAAUUGUUUUGGCUACUUCUUGCUCAUCCCUGCCUCCGUGAGCUCCUUGCAAGUAACCAACCCCACCGCCAUGUCUCAGGCUGAGUUUGACAAAGCUGCUGAGGAAGUUAAGCACCUCCAGAGCAAGCCAGCAGACGAUGAGAUGCUGUUCAUCUACAGCCGCUACAAACAAGCAACUGUGGGUGACAUAGAUAAAGAACAGCCGGGGAUGAUGGACCUCAAAGGCAGGGCCAAGUGGAAUGCAUGGAAUGGGUUGAAAGGAACUACCAGGGAAGAGGCCAUGAAAGCUUACAUCAGCAAGGUAGAAGAACUAAAGCAAAAAUACGGAAUCUAGGGACUGGUGUGGCUGCCAGCCACGCUUUUCAUCUAAACUGGUAAUCAUGCCUUGUUUCUCUAAUACCAUGGAUGAAGUGAAAUAAUGAAAUUAACCCUCUUCCUGAACACUGUCCAGGAUAUGGCUCUAAGAGAUUAAGGAGCUGAAAUAAAUGGUUACUCGCCUUGCUGAGUAGUUU